UUCAUUCCCGAUCCCGAUUUAGCGCGCGUGCUUUCCCUCCAUCUGCCCUAUUUCUUUUCUUCUCCCGUCCAAAUCGCCACAGCUCGUCCCGACCAGUUCUCGCCACAACUCUUCCCUCUCCUCGACGUUGUCCUCACCGUGAAUCCGAGUCCUCUCCGUGACGCGUUGGCAUUCCUCACCAAGUUCUCGCCAUAGCUCUUCCCUUUCCUUGACGUUAGGUUUUUUCCUCGACGUCAACCUCGUCACGAAUCUUCCUUCUCCGUGACCUCGUCGUGACUCUUCCCUCUCCUCGACGCAGUUCCUCGCCAGGAUGACUACAAUUACUCCAUCAAUUGCACGUGGAAGAGGGAAAAACAAACAAUAUUGGACGGAUGAGGAGGUGGAAGUGUUGGUUGACGCUCUCAUAGAACUGGCUUCCGAUCCUUUAUGGAAGGUAGAUACUGGUUUUAAAAAUGGUUAUAUGAUUCAAAUACACAAAAUGGUAUUGGGUAAGAUUCCAAGUUUCAAUAAAGCAGUUAUUCCUCAUAUUGAAUCCAAGAUCAAAUAUCUUAAAACCAAGUACAAUCCCCUCUCUGAAAUGUGUAUGCAAAGUGGGUGUCAGUGGGAUGACGUGGAGCACAAGAUUAACUGUGAAAAGCAAUGGUUCGAUGAAUGGUGUCUGACUCACCCUAAUGCUGCUGGAUUGAGGGAUUUUAAAUUUCCAUAUUUGCGCAAACUGGACAUUGUGUGGGGAAAGGACGGAGCCACGGGACUUAGUGCUGAAGAUGUGGUUGACGCAAGCAUGGAUGCUAAUUGGCAAAAGAAUUUGAAUGUGAGUUCUUCCUCGGACAAUGAAGAUGAACCUGUUUUGGACAUCCUAUCACAAGGCUCACCUUCGAGUUCGUCAUGUAACAAUGGAUCGAAAAAGAGAAAAAAACUUUCACCAAGAAGGGAAAGUUUUUACAAGAAAAAGAAAGCAGCAACACCCCAACAAACCAUUGACUCGAGAUUGGACAACUUUACUAAUAAGUUUGAGGUCAUUUGCGAUCAAAUGGCAACACAAUAUGGUACUAUUACAAAUGCUUUGAUUGCAGAGUCCAAGCCAGAAUGCAUAGGUGGUGAAAAAAUGCAGGAGGUUAUUGCUGAACUACUUAAUAUUAGCAUAUCUCCAAUGGAUGUUGGUAGGGCUGCUGAAAUUUGUUUCAAUGACCCUGCCAAGGUUGAAGUUAUGUUUGCCUUGCCAAGCCAUUUGCGAAGAUCCUAUGUGCUUGGAUUUAUCUAUCCAUCUUCUAUUCCAUGAAACAUGUGUGGAUUCAUGUUUUUUUUGUUGAUGUUAAAUAACUAGGUUAUUUUGAAUUGCAUUCGGUAUUUUUGAAGUUGUAAUAUUGUAGUUAGACGCAUGCAAUAUUGUGUUAACCUAGUUAUAUUGUAUGUCGGUAAAAAUAUUUUGUAAUAUUUAGGCAUCAGCUAGACCAAAACUUAUAUCAAUGCUGUAACUUUAGCACUUGCUGAUUUAGAUUCUGUUUUAUUUUGAUGAAGUUAUUGUUGGCAUAUAUUAUGUGUGGAAGUUGUUGUUUGUUGGCUUUCAGAUGGUGCAGGAAAGAGAAUGAGGGAGCUCUGCUGAGCUGGUAAUUGAUUGGGGCUGCAAUGUCUUUUCCUUGUCUCUAAGAUCUGGGAGCUGCUUUUAUAUCUGGACAGAAUGAACAUAAACAGAUUAGCGCCUGCUCCAAGAAAAAUGUCAUGUCUUCCUCCUUAGGCUCAUCUAGUUUUCCUACUUCACAAAAACAGGACAACGUUAAAACUCGUCCUGCUUCAAUUCUUGAAAUGGAAAGUAGUCAGCUUAGCCCAAUAUCUAUUCUGGAGGCUUCAUUUUCAAAUGACAGUUGCUCAAUUGGGAGCCUCAAUGAGAGUUCAG